GCAGCAUAGUCCUACCACACGACGGACAUACACUACGUGUCCGGAAUCGCGAGGGAGAGGAGUCGGCGUAAACGACUCCUACUCGCAACGCCGAAUCUUCGUACAGCGAUUUGGUUUAGUUUAUGUCCAACCUUCGGUGGACGCGCUUCUAUUCUUGGCUGACAUACUCUUCGAUGAACGAAGAAAAAUAUGCAGAACGAGACGUGUUUCAGUCAAGACUCUGAUACGACAGAGAAAUAGAAAAAUAGGAGUCGGAUCUUGACUGUGCAAAAGAGGAAAGGAGAAAGAGAGAGAGAGAGAGAGAGAGAGAGAGAGAGAGAGAGAGAGAGAGAGAGAGAGAGAGAGCUAGCAAAACCCUCUUCACGUCUUGCUUCACAUUGCACGAUUUUCGCGAACAACGAAGCUGAUCGAUAUCAUCGGGUUAAAAGGGAAAGCUCUUCAACGUGAACCACGACACAUCUGGGAAUUUUAAUCUUAUUCAUGUUUCUUCCUGAUUUCUCUUAAAUUCGCUUAUUCGUCGAGGAAAAGAGAACAGUGACGGUGCGCGAAAUUUGAAAGAAAAGAUUUUCGCAUUUUUCGAUCUUCCAGUCGUAAACUUCAAAAAAGAACAGACGUUCGAAGUGGAAAGACAUUGGUCGGUCUCUCCGUGCUCUCCCCUUCCAUUCUUCUCUCUCACCCUCUCCACGACGGUGCACGCGAAUACGAGAAGGAAAAACCCCUUGUGUUUGUGCGGACGCGACACCGUUAAGCACGAUGAUCGAAAGAACGAAGAAUCAAUGAAAUCGAUCGACGACGUAACGCGAAGGAAAGAAAAUAAAUAAGAAAGAUCUCUAAAUCGAGUAGCUCUGUUAAAUCGGCGGUUCGUUACUUAUCACCGAGCGGGGACGAUCUAAAAUUUGCAGCCGGACAAUUCGCGUUUAAUACGUAGCUACAUUUAAGUAUAUUGAAAUCGAUUUCCGAUGCGAUUGACCAAAGUAUAAAUAUCGGUAUUCUUGAUGAGUAAACAUUUAAUCGGGAAGAAGUGCGAUUGGAUAUCGAAAAGAUCUACGAGUGGAAGUUAAAGAAGACUGGGGAAAAAAUCGAUUGAUUUACGAUUAUUCACGAUUUUUCUUAAUUUCGGACGGCAAAUCGAAUACACAAAUUGAUUGUAAUAUCAAAAAUGUCACCGGAUUACGUUAAAGCCAUCGAGGGUGGCGUACAUCCAACACAGAUUAUAGAAACGAAAAUCUUCGCACGAAGAUGGCUGAUCUUGACGAUCUUCGUACUAUACAGUGCCAGCAACUCGAUGCAAUGGAUUCAAUACAGUAUCAUCGCGAACAUAGUCGAACGAUAUUACAAUGUUUCGAGUUUUCUAGUAGAUAUGACGAGCAUGAUAUACAUGAUAACGUAUAUACCGUUCAUAUUUCCAGCUAGUUAUCUUCUCGACAGAUUCGGACUCCGAUUUGCCGUUAUAGUGGGAGCGAUCGGAACGACGAUCGGUGCAUGGAUAAAAGUUUUUAGCGUUUCACCAGAUCUAUUUUGGAUUACCUUCAUUGGUCACACGUUUGUCGCCGUCAGCCAAACUUUUGUUCUUUCCGUUCCUGCUCGAUUAGCAGCUGUUUGGUUCGGUCCCGAUCAAGUUAGUAGCGCCUGUAGCAUCGGCGUUUUUGGAAAUCAGUUGGGUAUAGCCAUCGGUUUUCUAUUUCCGCCGAUCUUAGUACCAAACAGCGAUGAUCUUGCCGUAGUCGCGCGUGGCUUUCAAAUCAUGUUUUACAUCGUUGCAGCUUUCACGUCGUUGAUAUUGGUAAUAAUACUUCUCUUCUUUAAAGCGCAACCACCCCUUCCUCCCAGUCCCGCGCAAGCCGUGCAAAGAGAGAACGAUUCGGCAGAAGAUUUUAUACAAUCUAUCAAAAGGCUCUUCACUAACGUAGGAUACCUGUUGCUUUUAUUGAGCUAUGCUAUAAACGUCGGGAUAUUCUACGCGAUCAGUACACUUCUCAAUCAAAUCAUUUUAGAAUAUUUCCCGGGACACGAGGAAGACGCCGGUAGAAUCGGCUUGACCAUCAUAUGUGCCGGAAUGUUGGGUUCAGUAAUCUGUGGUAUCAUAUUAGAUAAAACGCAUAAGUACAAAGAGACAACUAUUGGAAUUUAUUUCUUCUCUUUCCUGGGUAUGAUCGUUUUCACGUUUACUCUGGACAUUGGUCGGAUAUACAUCGUUUACAUUAUAUCCGCUUUACUUGGAUUUUUCAUGACCGGUUAUUUACCGGUAGGUUUCGAGCUCGCUGCUGAAUUAACUUAUCCAGAACCAGAAGGAACAGCCGCGGGAUUGCUCAAUGCCGUGACACAGGUAUUUGGUAUAAUCUUCACGAUCCUCUACGGCAAUUUGAUCAAACUAUUGAGCAAUUUGUGGGCAAAUAUAGUUUUGUGCAUCGCCCUAGCCUUCGGAGCCUUUCUCACAACGAUAAUACCCAAUGACCUUAGAAGACAGAACGCCAAAUUCUAAAACACAGAACGAAAGUACAAAUGUAGACCGUAAGCUGGACAACGAGGGAUAUUAUUUUCUUGGAGCUUAAACGACGGUGACGUUUCUAUACUGUUGCACAUGUGUUUUAUUUAAAAUAAUCUAUCGUUCGUCGAAAAACGUACUCGUAAUCGUCGUCCUUGACUUUAGUAGAAUAUUAAAUACCAUAGCGACGACGAGAUUUGCGUCACGAUCGAGGCUCCAAGUAUUUUUAUUGAAGUUAUGAUCUAACAAUAAGUAGAAAGUAAGAAACGUUGAUCCCUGAAUUCGUAGAUGAAUAUUUUUUUUCAGUAAGAUAUAUAUAUAUAUAUAGAAAAUAUAUAUAUUUUUCCAGAUGGAUUGACAGAAAAAGGUAAAAUUGCAGGACAAUAGAUACAAUAAUAAUAAGAAUAAUACAAAAAAAAAUAUUUUUAGUACAUAGAGUAGUAGGUAUAAGGUAUUAUGAUGCUGUGCAUCGAACAACGUAAUUAUAUUUUAUGUAUGAUCAAAGAAAAUGGAAUUAGAAUUAAAUGAAGGUGUACCUUGUCUUCGUUUUUACUUUUUACGGAAAGGAUAAUAAAGAGAAGAGUCAAUAUCGUAUAGAGAGUUCCUAGAAAAAAAAAAGUGACAAACCAGUAUAUGUUUAUAUAUAUAUAUAUGAAAUAUAUUUAACUCUAUGAGAUAGUA